AGAGGGCAGCGUGGCAGCUGGGCAGCCCGGAGGAACGGAGGCCCCUGGAGUCCACUGCGAAGGCCGCAGCGACAGGCUCUGCUGCUCAUGCCGGUGGGGCUCUGCCAGGAGAAAGCCGGGGGCAAGACCCUUGCCAGGGGCCUGGCUGGCACAGCAUGGAGCACUCCAGCAAGAUGGAGUUUUUCCAGAAGCUAGGCUACGACCGGGAGGAUGUGGUCCGGGUACUGGCCAAGCUGGGCCAGGACGCCCUGGUCAACGACGUGCUGCAGGAGCUGAUCCAGACCGGCAGCCGCCCCGGGGCCCACCAGAGCAGUGCUGCACCCCUGCUGGUCCCCAGGGGCUCCUGUGGGACCCCGGACUCCAUCCAGCGCGGGCUGGGGGCCGAUCCCGAGGAGGAGUGCGGUGACCCAGCCAGCUCCUUGAGACCUAUCGUGAUCGACGGCAGCAACGUGGCCAUGAGCCAUGGAAAUAAAGAAGUCUUCUCUUGCCGGGGAAUCCAGCUGGCUGUGGACUGGUUCAGGGAAAGAGGACACACCUACAUCAAAGUUUUUGUCCCAUCCUGGAGGAAGGACCCCCCGAGAGCCGACACCCCCAUCAGAGAGCAGCAUGUGCUGGAGGAGCUGGAGCGCCAGGCGGUGCUCGUGUACACCCCGUCUCGCAAGGUGAAUGGCAAGCGCGUGGUCUGCUACGACGACCGCUACAUCGUGAAGGUGGCCUACGAGCGGGACGGCGUCAUCGUCUCCAAUGACAACUACCGCGACCUGCAGAGCGAGAACCCCGAGUGGAAGUGGUUCAUUGAGCAGAGGCUGCUCAUGUUCUCCUUUGUCAACGACCGGUUCAUGCCUCCUGACGACCCCCUGGGCCGCCGGGGACCCACCCUGAGCAACUUCCUGAGCAGGAAGCCAAAGCCCCCGGAGCCCUCCUGGCAGCACUGCCCAUACGGCAAGAAAUGCACCUACGGCAUCAAGUGCAAGUUCUACCACCCGGAGAGGCCGCACCACACGCAGCUGGCGGUGGCCGAC